AUGGGUCGCCUGCGGCAGUGCCCCCCACCGGCCGCCUUGCAGGGGGAGGGGGAGGGGGAGGGCCUCUCCCGGGCAGCGGUCCUGGGCACUUCCUGGGCCUGGUCUGACCCUAAAAGCCUCGCUGGUCCUUCUGCUCCGCCCCACCCUGCCAGACGGGCCGAGCUGGUUGGGGAUGCCCAGCGCUGCAUCCCAAGAUGCCACCUCCCAAGGCGGCCAGCCGCCGCCCGGGCUUCUCCGAGAGCAGCAGAGGAUGAUGCGGCUGAUGCAGAGCGGGAUGGCCCUGCACAGGUGGAGGCAGCUCUGCAGCAGGUCGCUGGCCACGUCCAAGCUCAGGUAUUCCUGGUGCAGCAGCCCAAGGAAUCAACAUCGUUUGUGGAAAACCUAUUCAAUGGACACCUGGCCCCUGAAAACCUCCUUCCUUUCCCUUCAGCUCUCUCGCUGGAGCAGGCCCAGUUCUUGCAAGCCAUGGUGGAUCCCUGUGCCCGUUUCUUUGAGGAAGUCAACAACGCUGCUGCAAAUGAGGAACUGGGCAGCAUCGAACAGGGCACCAUGGAGGGCCUCAAGUCGAUGGGCUGCUUUGGGCUGCAGGUGCCUGAGGAGCUGGGGGGCAUCGGGCUGACCAACACCCAGUAUGCUCGCAUGGUGGAAGUGGUUGGGAUGCAUGAUCUAGGCGUGGGCAUCACCCUUGGCGCCCACCAGUCUAUUGGCUUCAAGGGCAUCCUUCUCUUUGGAACCAAGAGCCAAAAGGAAAAAUACCUCCCCAAGUUGGCAUCUGGUGAGGUAUACGCGGCCUUCUGCCUGACCGAACCGUCGAGCGGCUCAGAUGCGGCCUCCAUCAAGACGGCAGCAGAGCUCAGUCCCUGCGGGAGCUUCUACACCCUCAACGGAAGCAAGAUCUGGAUCAGCAAUGGUGGCACGGCUGAGAUUUUCACCGUGUUCGCCAAGACUCGCACCAAGAAUGUCACUACGGGUGAGGAAAGUGACAGGAUCUCGGCCUUCAUAGUGGAGCGAGCCUUUGGGGGGGUGAGCAGUGGCCCUCCAGAGCAGAAGAUGGGGAUCAAAUGCUCCAACACAGCCGAGGUGCACUUUGAGGACGUGAAGGUGCCAGCGGAGAACCUCCUGGGGGGGCUCGGCAGAGGCUUCCAGGUGGCCAUGCACAUCCUGAACAACGGCCGCUUUGGCAUGGCUUCAGCACUGGCUGGCACCAUGCGUGGAGUCCUCCUGAAGGCGGUGGACCAUGCAGCAAACCGGCAGCAGUUUGGGAGAGCCAUCAGCCGCUUCGGGGCCAUCCAGGAGAAACUGGCACACAUGGCGAUGCUGCUCUACGUGACUGAGGCCAUGGCCUACGUGCUGAGCGCCAACAUGGACAUGAAGGUGCCUGACUACAAGCUGGAGGCCGCCAUCAGCAAGAUCUUUGCUUCCGAGGCAGCCUGGACCGUGACGGACGAGAGCAUCCAGAUCCUGGGUGGGAUGGGAUACAUGAAGGAGACGGGAGUGGAGAAAGUCCUGCGCGACUUGAGGAUCUUCCGCAUUUUUGAGGGCACCAAUGACAUCCUCCGCUUGUUUGUGGCGCUGUCAGGCAUUGAGUUUGCUGGGGAGACCCUGAGCGGCCUGCAGGAGGACUUUUCUGACCCCCUGGGGAACAUUGAAACCAUCAGCAAGGAGGUGGUGAUGCGGAUGAAACGCAAAGUUGGGAUCCCCAGCGGCCAGACGCUGCAGGGCCUUGUUCACCCGGACCUGGACGACUGCGCCACUCUGGUCACCAGGGCCGUCGAGCUGUUUGGAGAAACCAUCGAAAGUCUGCUCCUGAAGUAUGGCGCGGCAGUGACUGACAAGCAAUUCCACCUGAGGCGUGUGGCGGAUGCUGCCAUCGACACCUAUGCCAUGGCCGUGGUUCUAGCCAGGGCCAGCCGUGCACUCUCUCUGGGCCAGCCCGCUGCUCAGCACGAGAAGCUUUUGUGCCAGACAUGGUGCCAGCAGGCAUUCCAGCGAGUGUGUGCAUCUCUGCGGGAAGCCAAAUCUGCCAGUUGGGAAGAGGUCUUCACCAGUAUGAAGCUGAUCUCAGAUGCUUUGGUGCAGAACCGAAGCACCGUGGCCACCCAUCCACUGGGCUUUUAA